AUGCCCUCCUACCGCCUAGGACCUAGCCCUUUAGAACUCGCUUCCUCAAGCCAACUUGACUGUCGUAGCAGAGCCCAUCUUGACCAGAUCCCUCUCCCUACCGCGACUGGAUUUAAACAUUUACCUUCGCUCGAGAUCGACUCAGAGGCCUUACUUAGCUUAGACAAAUUCAGCAUGAUUACCCUUUCGUCUGCUGUGAACCCAUUGAUUAGAAAUUCUUUAGAAUUCUCAGAGGAAGAGAGCUUUAGCGAUGAAUCUAUCUGCAAUAACCAACGCGCUUCUUUCCCAGACUGUGCCGGAUUCUUUGACGAAAGCUUUAGCGACCAAUCCUCCCCGAAUUCAAACUGUCGUGAUCCCUCCACCCCGCCGCUAGUGACGGCAGCAAGAAGAAGAGAUUCAGCAAAAGAAGAUUUGCCCAGACCUUCGUCGAAAUUGCCUUUCGCGUUCCUCAGCCAACCUUACAAGUCUUUGGUCCAUGUCUCUAAACCGGCAACGAAUAAUCGGGAGAACACACUCAGAGGAAGUCGUUCGCUCAACUUUCGACAACGUCGACUUUCGGUCAAGAUGCAAGACCCUUUGCAAGAUCCCCGAGAUUGUCCUGGAGCUGAGUCGAAAGGCUCGAGGAAGCAGAGCCUGGGCUCAAUAACCGAUAACCAAGCGGGCUCUAACCACCUAGACGUCAAAACGUCUCCUUCUUCUUCUGCUGCUGCGAGAUCGAAAGACAAAGGCUCAUUCAGUCCUGAAUGUCAAUCCCAUACGAUGUCAUCAGUCUUCGAGGACGACUCCGACGAUGACCACGAGCUCGCCUAUCUCAAGAAAGUGUUGCCCGCUUGGAUCACUCACAAGAAAUCUAAAUCUAUCAUUACUCCUCCUCCUCACCCUCAGCCUAAAUUUUCCAAGCAGAAAUCUCGGAUCUUCAAGUCUCAUCGGUCCUCUCUUUCCAAUACCUCUUCUUAG